AUGUGCCAGAACCCAGAGUUUAUGAUAUAUUUUCCCUUAUCUCAAGGUUCAGAAUACAAACAUCAGUACCAAACCGAGCCCCAGCUCCAUUACCAAGAAAUUGACAGCCAUAGUACUUUUUACAUUCCUGAACAGCAGAACUCCCAAAGACACGGAGAUCUUGGUUCGGUUGUGAGUACCGGUGGUGGUGGAUUAGAGACUAGCCGGGCUGCCACCAGAGGCACCACCGAAAUUGGUGACCAAAAUAUAAGCUAUGAGGAUUCGAGUUCCAAUUUUUCCCAAUCAACGCCAACUCCAGAAACUAGUGGUAACUUUGGAGAAACUUACACCCGAUAUAGGGUAUAUAAAUUACUCGAGGAUGAUUGUGAUGAUCCAACAGAAAUAAGUGAUGCUAAUGAAUCACCGGAUGAGGAUUCUGAAUUAUCAGAUAAUGAUAAAGAAGUGGCAGAUACUAUGGUCGAAAAAAUUGAGGAUAGAAACGUUGUUCUCAAAGGAUUUGACAGACAUUUCAAGGAUAGUUCAAGCUUUCUAGAUGGUUAUGUGUCGUUUCUCAGGAAUAUGAUUAAAGAAAUAGAGUUGGUUGAUAGUACUGAUGAUGAAGAUGAUGAAGGAGAACAGCAGGAUAGAGAAAGUUCAAGUACAAAAGUGGGAGUUGGCAGAUCAUGUUCUACAGAUGAUGUCAAAAAUACGGCCACAGUACAAGAAAAUGAUAAUCCUAUCACAAAAAAUAAUGAGAUGGACGCAAAUACUAGUCCAAAAAAGAGAAAAAUUUAUGAAUCAGAUGGAUCAGACUUAGGGGCUCCGAUUACAGUCAAACAUUCCCAAGGUGAAGGUCAGAAGAAGCGAAGGAUUAAAAGAAAGAAACCAAGCACUAACAGCAAAUCCCAAAGACAUUCACUCUGA